AUGUCGCAGCCACCACCAUCGCUGACACUGUCCAGCGGCUCCACCGCUGCGAUGACGACGGCGCCGCCCCUCACCGCGCCGAUGACGUCCGCCGCCGGGACAACCGCGCUGGCGGGCCACGUCUCCACCGGGGCCCCGCCCGCGCCGCCCUCCCCGGUCCCCUCCGCGCCACCGCCGUCCGCCGUCUUCACACCGGAGCAGGUCACGGCCACCCUGCGGGAUCUCGUGACCGCCGUCCAGAGCCUCCACCUGCAGCAGCAGCAGUACGUGGCCGGGCCCUACAUGCCCCUGCCGACGGCGCCCGUUGCCGCCUACGGCCACACGCCGUGGCCGCUCCAGGGCGUUUCUCCGUACGACGCUCCCCUGAUGCUGCCGUUCCAGGCGGCUCCACCGGGCGGCCCUCCGGCUGCCGCGGCGCCCCUCUGGCCCUUCGCGCCGACGCCAUCAGCGCCCCCCUGGCCGCUACAGCAGCCGUUCUCCGCGCCCUCACCGUCCUUGAUCAGCUCGGGGACAACCGCGCCGGCUUGCACCGGGCUGCCGCUGCUACCGUCCCAGGCGGGACACUCCGGCGGGACCACGCCGGCCGCGGCCCCUCUGUGGUACUUGCAGCCACCGUCCCCCGCGGCCACCGACGCCACCGCCCACCCUCCGCCGCCGAUGCUACAACCACCGGCGCCACCCCUGCCUAGCUCGGGGGCACCCUCGUCGACCGGCCUCCCGAUUCAUCAGGUCCGGUUCCCGCCCUCCCCGUCGCCACUUCCAGCGUGGGCUGCUGGGUCUUCGCCAUCGCCGGUCUACACCACGGCCCCUGAAUAG